AUGUCGGUUCGUUUAGUUCGUCCAAAAACGGCAACUUUGGACGAGUUGCUCUCACAUGAAUUCUACAAGAGGCUCGUUACGUCAAUAGAAGAUGUUUUACCGGAAAUGAAAAAUGUUAAAGACCCCAAAAAACUAAUAAACUCAAAAUUCAGUAAAGAAAUUGUGGAAAUUUAUGAAAUAAUGUUUUUGGGGUCCUUUAAUAAGCUGGAUAUGGCCUCUUUGGAACACUCAGACUACCUUUCUCACCUGUUGCCUUGUUUGUCAAUGGAUUCUUUUCCACUAAUCGCAAACCUGGAUAAAAAAUCACAAGAAAAUUUUAAAAAGAUUAGAUUCUGUACAGUAAUGACCUGUGUAUGGUCGUUCGUGGAACUACACUCAAGCGGACGAUCGGAAUAUGUAGAUGUACUAUCGAACCUAUCAUCAAAACACAAAGACUCCUUUGAGACGCUCUUCUUUAACUCAGCUCAGCUACUGAUGCUAGAAUCGUGGAAGGACGAUUUGUGUGAGUCACGGGAAUUUGAGUCUGUUGAUAGGAUAACAGUACUGGAGCAGAGAGCACUGUUACGUUUCUUUGUUAUAUGCUUUCAGAGAAUUGAGCUUUCGGAGGUGCGUCGCUGUUGUAUGUCUCUGCUGUCGCCUCAGGUUUGGAUCCAUAUUCCAGAGGAGUUGAGGGAACAUAACUUCUUCAAGAAUAACAAGGUAUCAAAGGCGUUAUUUUUGAAGGCAUUUGAAACUUAUAAGUUGAGGCAUAAAGCAUGUAACUUUGACCUUUUAUUGAAAGACCCAAAGGCCUCAGUCAGAGAUUUAUACGAAUUGGUUCCAAAUAAAGAUAAUAUGGAGCAUUUAAACCUGAGUUACAAGUUAGUCUUGGCAAGAGACUUCAUGAAUUCUUUGAUUAACCAGUUCAUAUACAUACUGGAGGACCAUUUGUCAUUUUCAGAAUUAAAACCAGACCAACAGUCAGAAGAAGACCCUGAGAUGAUGAGACUAAUGUACAUUGAAAAUUAUUUGGAGUUGUUUGUUGAUUUGCUUAGCCAGUUGCACUUGAGGAGAGUAAUAAAACCCAUAAUUGAGUACAAGUUACUGUUGGUAAGGUGCAAAAACCACCCACUGUAUGAGCCAGUAGAUAAUAAAACAGAUCAUGCCUGUAACAGAGAAGACGCAAACAUAUUCAUAGAAUUGGUUAAUAUAUUGGAAUACUACUUGAAUUUUAAUAUAAACGAGGAGCUAGGGACAAGCAUGGAGUACAACGUUAUACUUGAAGACUACUACAAAAGGUUCAAUAAGUUCCAGAGAGUUUGUUACUUAAACUACAAAGAUGAUGAAAACCUGAAGAAUAUACACCUGGUCAACAAUUACGCACUUAAUAAUAACCUGUCAAAAAUACUUGGAAGCCUGGAUAUAGGAGUAUUGGUACGGUUAAACCAGGAGUUAUAUCUAAUUCAGUCAACCAAGAGUAAUUCCAAGGAAGAUAAGGAAUUAAAUGGGAAGUCAGGAGAUCACUUGUGGCCCUACAGCGUAGAACUAUUGCCAAAGAAAAAGAAGUCCAAAAAAUUGGUCAAGAAGUUGUUAAUAAGUAACCUGACCAACUACCUAAAGAAGCCAAUAAAUGAGUUGAUGCUGAUAAACAACAAUAACUUCUACUUAAAUCCCUUCUCUUCACUGUUCAAUAACAUCACAACAGUGACGUCCAACGACCUUCUACAGCCAAAGGAAGCAAACAGAAGAGAAGUUACUGAAUUAGGGGAGAUGGAAGGAGACAUUAGCUACAUUAAGCUAUGCACCUUAUCGCUGUUCAAGUUAAACUUGCAGUACCUGACGAUGUUCGAUUACCUUUAUAGGAACUUUAUCCUCUACCAAUUUGAAGUUAUUUACCAAAUUAAGCAGUAUGUUCACCAACAAAUAUUCUACUUGUCGUACCUGACAAGCCAUUCAAAUCGCUCAAACAAGUUAAACCACAAACGCACUGAGGGAAAAAAUAAGCUGGUGUCUGUUGAACAGCUGGAGAAGAGAGACUGGGUGGGGAGGAUGUUCAUUUGCAUAGAUAACCUGGAAAUGAAAAUCGAUCAAAACCGAAUUGAGAUGAUGCUGACAGUUGACUUAUCCAUGAUCCAAGAUUACAAAAUACGCCAGGAGUGGCAACAACUGACAAAAUACGACAUACUAUUCUUGGUUCAGUUAAACAGCGUGUAUUCCUACAACCUUAGUGGGCCUGAGGGCAAAACAGCAGAAGAUAUGGAAGAUGAAGUUGAACUUUUGGGCAAAAUUGUCAAGAGGAUAAGGUUCGGUGAAAUACUGGAGGUUUAUGACGAGGAAAACAACAAUGUUUUGGACUUCAACCCCCUGGAUAACAAGAGUUUUGUAGGGUUUAAGAUGAGGAUUAAACUGUUACUGGACUACCAGCAGUACAUGAAAGACAUGCUCGAAGAUUUGGACUAUUAUAGCAGUUUCAACUUGAUAAUAAGGAGAAGUAAGAGGCAAAACAAUUUUAAAUCCAUUUUAUCCAAUGUGCAAAAUGUUGUAAACCACAAGUUCAAGAUGCCAAGCUGGCUACAAGUGAUUCUUUUGGGAUACUUUUCAUACCAUUCGGUGAGACCCAAUGCCUCAAACACUAGUCAUUUCUCCACUGUUAGCGCCUCAUUAAAUCAAGCGAUCACCACUGAAAGAGACGAAAUAAUUAAAAAAAGAAAAAAGGAGCAAUAUACAAGGGUCAAAAUAGGAGUGGUUUAUCUAAACACUUUUAAAAGUAAGGAUCAUUUGUUAAGUUCAACUUCUUUCAUCUCAAUUAAGCUGGUACCCUGUUUGAACCCCAAUAACACAAUGAAUCAACAUAAUUUUAAGCGAACUUUAGGUUCACCCUCAAGUUUGCAGGAAAUUAGAGAGAAUAGGAUACACAUUGACUCAAUAGACACUAGUGUAAACGAGUAUGUUUAUAACAAUAAAGGUUCACUGAAUAAGGCUGAGUUGGCAGAAAAAUUAAAAUCAGCAUUGGAAACUGAUAAGAAUAUUAAUUUGUUUGUCAAAAAUCAUAUCUAUGACCAUGAUUUUGGAAAUGAGAGCGGUGAGUUAGAGAAAGAACAUCUUGACGAGCGCUCGGAAUAUGUAGUAUUAAAUGGAGUGAAGUUUGAAUUACACGUUGAGAACAAUUACCUAAAUGACCUGACAAAAGUGAACAAUGAUUAUCAUAUCAACAGCCAGUUGCCAAAGUUUUUAAUAACCAAUUUUAAUCACCCGUAUGAUAUUUCACCAUAUAAUUCAAGUUCAACAAAUGCUCAAGAUGGGGAUCACCUAGAGAAUAAUUCAGUUAACCAUCUUGUUAAAAAUGUUAAUGAUGGUAAUCAAGGGACUCAGAGAGGGGUAAAAUUUGUGUCAAGGCAAGUUGAGAGUAUAAUUGGAGGCACAAUGGAAGGGCUGACGGUGAUUAUGGGACCACCAGGCACAGGGAAAACGGAUGUAGUCUCUCAAAUAAUCUCGAUUCUGUUUAACAAUUAUGAGCAUGAGAAAAUCGUGAUUUGCACGCACAGCAAUUUUGCACUCAACGAUAUAUUCACGAAGUUGGUGAAAAAUGAACUGAUUGACGAACAUUACAUGGUGAGGUUGGGGCACUCGGAUCUUGAAGUGGAUAACAUGGGUCAUUUCUCAAAGUUCAGCAGAGUUAACUACAUUCUGCAGAGAAGGCUUGACCUUCUUGAAGUUAUUAAAACACUAAAAGAACAAAUCAAGGUUGUUGGUGACUACGAAUGCUCAAUACAAUAUUCCUUAACAUUUCUGCAGUACUUUUUAACUAAUAACCAAGACUCGAAUAAUUGUUACUUAAAUAGCGCCCAAAUUGGGCAUGAAAAAGUUAAUGAAGAUGUUGUAAAUAAUGUGAAUGAUGCUGAGGAUGAGUCAGGAAUGUUGGAAGUAUUAGAUAGAACUAAGCUUACUCAAGAAGGAUUGGAUAACUUUUUCAAGUUGGGGAUAGAGUUUCCAUACACACUUAAGGAUGUAAAGAAAUUAUAUAACCAGGUACAAAAGUGUUACGCUCUUGAAACUAAUUGUAGUAAUGAAGUUAACGGAGAAGAGUUUAAACAUUCCGGUGAUGAGGCUGAUAAAGAAUCAUGUAAGGAGGAUUUGAAUGGACAAUUGUCACAACUGAAGAAAAAAUUCAUUGAAAGGUUGUAUGAAAUGCUCUUUGAGUUGUUGCCAUUUGAAAUCUUGAGGAAUAAUAGAGAUAGGAUGAAGUACCUGGUGGAAAACUACAGCAGGAUUGUAGCAAUGACCUGUACCCAUGCCUCAAUAUCCCAGGAGGAAUUAUCGACGUUGAACUACAAGACUUUGGUUUUUGAGGAAGCAGCACAGAUACUGGAAAUUGAAAGUUUUAUACCAAUUUGUAAUAAUAUUAAGAGGUUAAUUCUGUGUGGAGACCACCUUCAGCUUUCGCCAAUUAUACAAAACUCGUCACUUUUGAGGUAUUCCAAUUUGAACCAGAGUCUAUUUCUGAGGUUGAUCAGGUUAAACUACCCCUAUAUUCAGUUGAAUGUACAGGCUAGGUCAAGGCCAGAAAUAUUGAGUGUUUACAGUCACUUUUACCCUCACCAAAUAUUCACACUUGAUGGGCUAUUCCCAGAAGGCCCUGAAGUUUCUUCCACCAAAACUAAGGAUAAAGUGUCACAAACUAAAGAUAUGUUGGAUGUAAAACAGUUAUUGUGUAAGGGUAACCUUAAGGAAAUGAUGGCAAGUAACCUCUCGAGAUUAAGUUUGAAGUACGUAGUUCAAUUCAUUGAUGUUGAAGGAGAGGAGACUAGUCCUAUCAAGUAUUUCUAUCAGAAUUUAGGGGAGGCAACGUAUUGUGUGCUGUUAUACAUGCUUAUGAGAUUAAUGGGAUUAGAAGAUAUAGUGAUACUGACGGCGUACAAUGGCCAAAAGUGUCUGAUUGAGGAUAUUGUCAAGAAGAGGUGUAGUUGGAACAAUAAAAUAGGUUCACCAUUUGUUUCAACAAUAGAUAAAUUCCAAGGAAGACAAGCAGACUACGUAAUAGUAUCAAUGGUGAGAACUAAGAAUAUUGGCUAUUUGAGAGACCCAAGGAGAUUUGUGGUAGCAACAAGUCGUUCGAGGCUAGGACUUUGGAUAGUAGGGAGUAAGAAUUUGGUGCAAAAUAUAAAGGAGCUUUCGAACUUUAACGAACAGUUGAACCGAUAUCCAAAUGAACUGUACUUGAAUUUUACUAGUUUAAAUGAAGUUAAUAACGCAGAUUCCACCAAAUCGGUAAAGAUUAAAAAUAACUCUGAUCUUGAGGAGUUAGUAAAGGCGUUGUUGUAAUAUACUGUUUUAAUUUUUUAAAUUAAUUA